AUGGUUGCGGGAGAUGCAAAAGUGAAAUGCGGCGAAGAGAAGCCUCACUGCGCUCGCUGUACCCGCUUAGGCGUCCGAUGCCCUGGCUAUGCACAAUCUCUGCGCUGGGUUACCAAGUAUGAGCAGUUGAGUCCAGCCGUACCGGCAUCAGCCUCGGAGGUGAGAACCCCGAGUCCUGUGGCUUCUGCUUCGACUGCACCUAGCCAGCCGGCAAACCACAUCGACGGUGCUUUGCCCGACGAUUCAACCUUUGAGUCGACGCAUGAAUCAACUUCCGCAGAUUUUGUGUUAAAUGGGCGAACUCCUCUAUGUGACAAUUUAUGGGAUCAUCCAGGCCAUGGGUCUUUACCCGAACUGACAGAUCUAUGUUCACCUUCCCCGAUAGCGGCGGCAUCGUCGUCUUUCGUACACCAAAGAGACACUUUUCAUAACUUUGAACAGUUAGAAGAUGCCGGUUUAGAUCUGUCACACUUCCUGUCACUUAUCGGACCAACUCCAAGUGAGGAACAGGCUGGCAAUGUUUACCGAGACUUCUCACCUUCGGCCAUUGUGCGGAGUUAUCCUCCUGUAUCGCAUCAGCCUGUACCUCAUGACUUCAUGUCAAUUUCUCGUCCACUGAAUAAUCCAUCUUGGACCUUGAUUGAGUACUAUUUCAAAGAAGUGGCAGCACUGUUCUCUAGCUACGAUAGCCAGAUGAACCCAUUCCGAACCACGGUAUCUCGUCUUUGGGGAUCUUCGUUAGCAAUGUGCCGAACAAUGCAAAGCAUGGCUGCUGCAACGCUGGUCACAGAAUUUCCCCAGUUCGGUCCCAUGGGCCGAAGAAUGCGUGAUGAGGCUAUUGAUAUAAUCACGCGCGAAGCCGUAAUAGACGACAAGUCAUUGUUAGCGCUACUAAUGCUGGGACAGACGGCUAGCUGGCAUGACCCAAAAGACUUGGGUAUAUCAUUUUUCAACCUGCUCCGCAAGCAACUCAAUACCAUCACUUCAUCGUCGCGCGACCAGGGCUUUGGCUUCCAUAAGAACGACAGCAACAACUACCGGUUCUUCGAAGAGGCUCUCAUUUACUGGGAGAUGCUGCUUUCUUUCGUCGCAGAUAAUGACACCAUGGUCCUAUCUGACAAUGCACGAACCGCUUCAUCCACGGGCGAGUCCUUCGUUCUACAGCGAGUCCCACACCCGUGGACCGGCAUCGCACGCGACACCCAAUUUACCGUGCACGAGGUCGGACAACUCAUUCGCCGUGAGCGAAAACGCAUUCACUCAAGGCGAUUUACCUCCCAGGAUGAUAUCACCCAAUCACAGUCGGCAAUCCAAAAAGCUUGCGAACUAGAAGAACGCCUUUUAGAUCUCGCCCAUCCCUCCGAAGCCGAGAUCGUCAGUCCUGGUGACGACGAUACCCCAGUAUGGCACCUUCUCACAAUGGCCGAAGCGUAUCGAUGCGUCGGCCUCAUGCAACUAUACCGCGUCUUCCCGGAUCUACUGCACAACCGCCUGCCUACUCCAACUUCCACAUCAUCCCAAUACCCUGACAACACCCAUCCAGCAUCCCGCGACUCAUUCUUCCCAAUCGACCUCGACAGCAUGAACCUGCCGACUGGAUUUGACGACCCCAAUCCAGCAGCAGGACAAAACACCAAUCCUCGACACACCGCCCCCUCGCCAUCUACAAGAUCUUCCCCUCACAAUCUCUACCGCCAUUCCCCUCACCAUCUAUCAUCACCACCAUCACCAGAUACGCAACAAACUCUCACCCCAGAAACCCUGUAUAGCAACUGGCUCACCGAAUUCACCGUGACAACCCUCUCCCGACUCAAAACCAUACCCCUGGAAUCACGCACCCGCUGCCUCCAGCCAUUCCUCCUGGUAGCAUCCUGCUCAGAGCUCCGUCUCCCGCGUCUGGCCACAAACGCCGGCACUCAACCUGGGAAUGGCGAGGAUCACCCAGAGGGCGGUAACAAUGAUACUACCAACGAUAGUGCCAACCCAAAUCAACCACCUACCAUCUCAAUGGAAGCCAUCGAAGUCUCGCGCACGCGCAAGUUUAUCCUUGGCCGUCUAACCUCCUUCUUGCAUGUUUUGCCGCCAAAGCCGAUCCAUGUAUGCUUGAAAUUGGUCAAUGAGGUCUGGAGGAGGCUGGAUGCGGGCGAUAAUGACACUUAUUGGGUUGAUGUUAUGAUUGAAAAAGGCUGGGAGACAACUAUGGGGUGA